UUUUUAACGGCUUCAACAUCAACAACAGUGGUAUCUGAUUAGAAUGUUGUUAAUGGUGAAUAUUUUCUGUUCAUUUUAAUAAUAUGCCUUCUUGUGUUGCUUACGGGUGCACAAACAGACCGGGAAAGAAGAUUCCGGGUAUAUCUUUCCAUAGGUUUCCCAAAAAACUUAGUGUAAGAGAGGCCUGGAUUGCUGCAUGUAGAUGGGAAAACUGGCAGCCUUCAUCAGUGAGUCUACUAUGCAGCAUGCACUUUACUGAAGAUCAGAUUGAUCGGAGCAAUCCUGUUCUUCCACGGUUAAAAAGAAAUGCAGUACCAAAUGUCUUCCCAGCUUUCCCAUCUUACCUUCAUAAAAAAUUGAAAAAAAGAAAAUCUCCUAUGAAAAGGAACAAUUUACUACAGAUCAAUCGCUUUGAGCAAGGUGUUUCUUCUUCUAUGUUAUGUGAUAAAGUGCCAUUGGUCAUUGAUGUUGAAGAAGUAGUUCCAAAUGCAGUGGAAGCAGUUGAAAACACUUUCACAAAUAAAACUGAUUCACCAACAUUACCCAUCAAAAAAGUGGAUGUUGUGUUUCACCAAAAAGAAAUCAUAAAAGGAUUGAAUCAUGAACUUGAAGUAGUUCCAGGUGCAGUGGAAGCAAUUGAAAAUACUUUCACAAGUAAAAUUGGUUUGCCAACAUUAUCCAUUAAAGAAGUGGAUGUUGUGUUUCAUCAAAAAGAAAUCAUAAAAGGGUUGAAACAUCGUCUUGAAGAAUCCAAUUCCUUAAUUUACAAGUAUAGGAAAAAAAUAAAAACCUUACAACAACAGACAAGAAGACAGAAAAUCAUAAUCAACUCAAUGAAAGAUGUACUCAAAGCAAUUCAGGAGACACAUUUUAUGGAUGAAGAUUCUCUAGAAUCUCUGAGUGGGACUGCAAGCCCAAGUUUACAACUAAUGAAGAGAGAAGUGGCAAAAUGUAGUGGAAAACCAACAAAGAAUUGCUCCAAAGAGCUAUCCUCGAUGUCGGAUGAGGAGGAUUGAUCACAUGACCAUGGGCUUUAGAGUUGGAGUACAAAGCUAAGAGACAAAAAUACAGCAGUGAAGCAUUAAAAGCGCAUUUACCAGCUGUCCCCAAUUUCACUUUUUUUUUUUUUUCAGAUAUUUUCAGAGGAAAAUUUUCAAAUUGAAGGCUUGAAAAUGCAUUUUUAGACUACGCUUGGUGACGUGAGGAGAGAGGCGAGGAUUCUAGAUCUAUUUGCGAGGAAAAUUUCUCGGAAUUUUUUUAAUAAAAUGUACA